AUGUCGAAACCGACCUCCCUCAUCAUCCCCGCCGUCAAGAAGCACACAGCUACUGUCAUCAUGGCCCAUGGUCUUGGUGACAGCGGAGCGGGCUGGGUCUCGCUAGCAGAGAACUGGCGCCGCAGACAAAAGUUCGAGGAGGUCAAGUUCAUCUUCCCAAAUGCGCCUUCUAUCCCAAUCACAGUGAACAGAGGCUACGUUAUGCCAGCAUGGUAUGAUAUCAUUGAGUUCGGCACCGACGCCGCAGGCGAAGACGAGAAAGGUAUCCUCAAAUCUCGCGAGUACUUCCACGGCCUGAUCGCCUCCGAGAUCAACGCUGGCAUACCUUCCGAACGCAUUGUCAUCGGAGGGUUCUCCCAAGGCGGCGCCAUGUCCAUUUUCUCCGGCGUCACAGCCCCUACGAAGCUGGGAGGCAUCUUCGGCCUCUCUUGCUACUUGUUGCUCAACAAGAAAGUCAAGGACUUUGUCCCGAGCGACAGCCCGAACAAGGACACGCCAAUUUUCAUGGGGCAUGGUGACAGAGACCCGAUCGUCUCGCCUCAGCGUGGUCAGAAGUCUGCGGACGUUUUGAAGGAAGGGGGCUGGAAAGUGGAUCUGAAGAUGUAUCCGGGACUGGAACAUUCGGCUCUUCCGGAGGAGAUCGACGACGUAGAGAAAUAUCUGAACUCGAGGAUACCGGCUGUAGGAGACAAGCCUGAGUUUUGA